CGCUGGUUCAGAAUGGGAUUGUGUUUGCUGGAAGGCCGUCCAUGCCCGUAAUCGAGUGGAUCACCGGCGGGAAACGCCGGUCAUGGCAAAUUUAGCAGCCAUAUUGAUGGAUAAAGAUCACUGGAAACAUCCGGACACGUUCAACCCCGAGAACUUUCUGGAUGACAACGGCCAGUUCUACAAAGACGAAUUCUUCCUGCCUUUCUCUCUGGGUCCGAGGGUUUGUCUCGGCGAGUCUCUUGCCAGGACAGAGCUCUUCAUCUUCUUCACCUCUCUGCUGCAGAGGCUGCAGUUCUCCUGGCCCCCCAAUACACCACCUAUCGAUAUGAAUGGCAUUAUGGGCAUGGUGAAAAUGCCCCAUCCGUUCCAAAUGAUCUGCAGGAGUAGAGAUGUCCAUCAUGUCCAGAUGUAAAGCUUUGAAUUUUAAAAUAGGCUUCAUUACCUCGUUCAGUCUUCCCACAGACAGUGACUAUGAACAAGGAUCAAACCCUUGGGCCAAGGAACUGUGAUGUUAUGUAGCACCCACACUACCUGCUAUACCACCACAUUACCCUAUUCGAUAUUUCAUCAUAUGAUCUGACAUAAUAAACUAAACUAUAGAGCCAAAAGUAUUUGGACAUGCUUUUAACUUGUGCCAACAAAUGAAUUAGGUGUGGAGGGACUCAGAUCGCUGACCUCAACUCUGUAGAACACCACUGGGAUGAAUUGGAACUAAAUUGGACACAUUUCAAAACCUUGCAGAUAGCCUUUCAUAAGAGCACAGGACUAGUAAUCCAAAGGUUGCUGGUUCAAGCCCCACCACUGCUAGGUUGCUGCUGUUGGGCCCUUGAGCAAGGCCCUUAACUCUCAGUUGCUCAGACUGUAUACUGUAACUGUAAUGUAAGUCGCUUUGGAUAAAGGCGUCUGCUAAAUAAAUGCUGAAAAUGUAAAUGUUAUAGCUGCAAAGACUGAGCAACGUCAUGUAUAAGCUCAUGCUCAGGUGUCCACAUACAAAAAUCACUUGUGGUCUUCACUUCUUGUACCUAAAUAAAAGUGUUAAACAUUAAACAAUGUAUAACAUUAAAACCA